CACAUGAUAUAAUGCAGACGACACAAAUGACACAGCAUGAAGAAUCUCAGACAAUCGAUAUUACUUUUGAUUCAGAAAGUGGAAUCACAAAUACACAAGACCAAGAUUGUGAAAGUUCUUCCGAUACACAGAGGACAACAGAUACACAUGAUAUAAUGCAAACGACACAAAUGACACAGCAUGGACAAUCUCAGACAAUUGAUAUUACUUCUGAUUCAGAAAGUGGAAUCGCAAAUAUACAAGACGAUGAAUCAAUAUAUGAAGUUCCAGAAGACGAUUACGGAUAUUUGCAUUCAUCUACAAAUGAGAGCAAUGCCUAUACAGAAGAUCUUCCAUUUCAUACUGUACACUGGAUGCUGCAGGAUAGUCCAAGUACAUCCAAGGAAGAAUCAUCCUUAAAUAUUUGUACGGUGUGUUACAGUAACGAACGAACACACGUUUUCCUACCUUGCAGUCACCUCGCUUGUUGUAUCGAAUGCAUUAUACGUUUAGAAACUAAACGUUGUCCGAUAUGUAAUGAAACAUAUGAAAACUAUGUUCGAGUUAUAAGAUCAUAAAGUCUGCUCCAAACAAUAUUUCUUCGUAAAAACAGAAUGCUCUCUAAAAGUUUUCGAUAUAAAAAAUGCAGUAUUACUUGAUAAGAUAAAAUUAUUUUGUGUUUGAAUUAAAGUGAUACUUGUGCAAUAUGUAUUUCUUUUCCAAAAGUUAGUUUAAAUAUCCUCAUAUGUAAUUUGAUUACGUCCUUGCUUGCAAAAUUAGGAAUUGUGUCAAAAUGAGAUAAAGUUUGUAAAACACGUAUAAAUAUUUAUAGAGAUUAUAUAAAGAUAAAAAUGAUAAAAAGCAUACAACUAUGUUACUAGCAUUUAUUGUUACUGCUACAAUAACUGUCAUUAUAAAAUAAUGCAUAUUUGUUUUAUCCAAUUAUAUCUAAGUUACAAAUUUUCAUUUCUCCAGUUUAUUUCUGAAGGUAAAUAUUAUCUUUUAAAAGUUGUUUGAUCAUACAAAUUGAAGUUACAGUUAUCUAAGUUUUUUAAAGUCAAGACAGUUUUCUUUAACCAAUAUAUAUGUAGAUAAUUCGUUAUUAUAUAGACUAUAUGGAGAUUAUAUAGAGAUCUUAUUUUGUACAAAUGUACGUAAUGCCAAAGAUCGAUUACUUCUCUUUAUAAUAUUGUCAUAAAUAGUGUGAUAGGUAUUGCGAUUAGAAAAAAUUAUAUGAGACACUAAGAUUAUAAAAAUACAAAAUAUUAUUUUUAU